GCUCGCGUGUGAUGUGUUUGUUUAUCCUCAGUGUUUUUCUCUCUUGAGUGUUUUAUUGAGUGUAAACAGAGUCUUGUCUCUGUGUAUUUUAGUGUUGAUGAUGAGAUGGAUGUGAUGUGCUGUAAAUCAGGAACUGAUCAGGGCUUACAGGAUGAGGAAUCUACUGAUCAAACCUCCACAGAGUCUCUGGAUUCUGUCUGUAACGCUGGAGAACAACAGCAGAUCCUGCAGACCAAACUCAAGAUGUGUUCAGUCAAACCGAUGGACUGUGGAAACCAAAUGCAGAUGAGAACAGAAGCCACAGCAGAUAAAUAUGAAGACAAACAUAAUGAUGGUCAUGAUUUUAUUCUCUCAGUGUUGAUGAUGGAUGUGAUGUGCUGUAAAUCAGUAGGAACUGAUCUGUCCAUGCUGGAUAUUGAUGAUUUCAUCACAGAAAUCUCUCAGCUGAAGAAAGAGGUGGCGUUACUGGAGACAAAGCUGAGGUUAAGAGGAGAUGAAGUACUGAAGAGAGAGGAUGUGGAUGUGGUUUGUUGUGAAUCUUCCACACAGGACUCCGAGCUCAGUCUGACUUUACUCUGUUAUACUGAGUCAAAGCCCACAGACGCUCAGGACACUACAGUGUGUGACAGUAAUCAGGGCUUACAGGAUGAGGAAUCUACUGAUCAAACCUCCACAGAGUCUCUGGAUUCUGUCUGGAACGCUGGAGAACAGCAGCAGAUCCUGCAGACCAAACUCAAGAUGUGUUCAGUCAAACUCAUCGACUGCAAGAACCUCACGAUGAAGACGAGAAGAGAAACCACAGCAGAGGAAGACCACACUGAGGAAGAUGAAGACAAUCACGAUGAUGAUGAUGAUUUUAUUCCUUCAGAGGAGAACACUGAUUCAUGUUCUGAGGUAGAAACAUCACAAGAACGACUGACAACACAAACUCUUUCCUGCAUCACCUGUGGAAAAACAUUUAGCUCACCGAAACAAUUAAAGAGACAUGAGAGAAAACACACCGAACAGAAACUCUUCAACUGCAAGAAAUGUAAGAUCAGCUUUACUACCAUACAAGAGAAGAGAGGUCAUUAUUCAAAAGUGCACAGAGAGAAGAAAAAACGCACAGGGCAGAAACUCUUCACCUGCAGGAGAUGUAAGAUCAGCUUUACUACAUUACAAGAGAAGAGAGGUCAUUAUACAAAACUGCACACAGUGAAUAAGCAGCAGCCGUUUCACUGUGAACAGUGUGGGAAGAAUUUUUUUACAACAUCAUCUUAUAUUAAACGUCACAUGAGGACACACAGUGAGGAAAAGUCUUUCCACUGCAGUGUGUGUGACAAAUAUUUCAGCACCAAAGGAAAUCUUGUUGCUCAUCUGAUAAUUCACACAGGAGAAAAACCACAUGAGUGUCCUCACUGUGAGAAGAGAUUCAGCCUCAAACCCCAUCUAAAGAAACAUGUGCGUAUGCACACCAAUGAGAGACCGUAUCAGUGCAGUGAAUGUGGAAAAACCUUUAGGAAGUCAUGUUCUUUGAAGUCACACCAAAAAACACACACUGAAGAAAAGGACCAUCAGUGUUCAUACUGUGAUAAACGUUUCACUGAUAAAUCUCGUCUGAUAGUCCACGAGAGAGUUCACACUGGAGAGAAACCUUAUGUAUGUUCCCACUGUGGUAAGACGUUCUCUGAUCCAUCUCAUUUCAGAGUUCAUCAGAGAGUUCACACUGGAGAGAAACCUUAUCACUGUAAUAUUUGUGGGAAGAGUUUUGGGCAACACAAUAAUUUACUACAGCACCAGAAAACUCAUACAGGAGAAAAACCUUACAAAUGCUCUCAUUGUGAAAAGACGUUUGCUCGAUCAGAUGUACUGAAGACCCAUCAGAGAGUUCAUACAGGAGAGAAACCUUACGUCUGUUCGAUCUGUGGAGAGAGAUUCGCUUAUUUAGGAAGUUUUCAGAGUCAUCAGAAGAAACAUACUGAAGAACAAACGACACCGAAAUCUUCAUAGCUUUCCGUGGAAAGUGUUUGUUUUUCUGUUUAUCCAAAUUAGUUCAAUGAUUGGAAGCAAAAACAAAAAAUGUCUUUUAAAUGUCUUUUAAGAAUGAUUUCAAGAAUUUUUCUUUAGCAUUUUUCAUAAACAAUGUGCUGAUUAACAAAUAAAAAUAUAUCUGCAAGUA